GUUGAGCUGGCAGAUUUACGAUUGAAAACGCAGCGAAAAUUGUUAAUUAUUUGAUACAAAGAGGUCAGAAUUUCAUCCCAAUGUGGAGUUGGAACAGGAAAUGGUUAUUUACAGCUUUGAUCUUUCUAUUCUUUGCAACGUGUUCGCUAUUAUUUGCAAGUCUAAUUUCAAAAGGAAACUGCCCAGAAAUUAAGGAUGAAGCGCAAGAAGAAUAUUUGGCUGUAUCAGAUCUGACGCCCUUUUUGGACAACCCGCUUGAUUUCGAUCAGCUCUUCGGAAAAAAAUUUGUGUUUUUCCUCGAGUCGUCCGGCCGCGGCCAACUGGACGCCAGAGACGUUUGUUCCAUUGAAGCCGCAACCUCUUUGAACCCCAAAGUCAAUUUUAUUCUAAUAUUUUCCAACGAGGUGCAGAAAAUCAACUCGACAAGAAAUCCAGCUCUCAAGAAACUUUUAUCCAAAGCACGGAAUUUAAUCCUCGCCACAGUGAAAAAUAUUGAGGUUGUGAAAGGGACUCCGCUGGAGGCGACUUCAACCAACAAAUUUUUAGAAACGAAAUUUCCGGUUGAGCACCUGAGCGAUUUCCUGCGUUUGGGCCUUCUUUGGAAACUGGGCGGCGUCUACAUGGACCUGGAUUUGCUCACUUUUAGAAACAUCGACGAAAUUUUAAGUCUGAAAAACUUCCUCGCCGCCGACACCAAAGACAAAAUCAACAGUUGCAUGAUGGGAUUCCAGCGAAACCACCCUUUUCUGAAGAGCAUCAUGGACAUGGUCAACAAAAGCUACAACCCCCAGGUCUACUCGACGGUGCCCAGGAGCCUGAACUUGGCCACGGUUGAUACAUUUGGAAUGAAAGUGGAAGAGGCCAUCAAUAAAGGUCGCGUCAAGGACGUGCAUUUUUUAAACUACACCGUCAUCAGCCCCAUAACCUACGAAAACUAUUUCACGCUCUAUGACGAAAUGAAAGGCGUUUUGACCGAAUUCAUGUUUAAGAACAGUUUCGGGGUCCAUUUGUGGCACAGCUUGGGCUCUAAAAUAAAGCUCAAAAGAACUUCUACGGCGGCGUAUGCAGUUGUUGCUAGAAAAUUGUGUCCACGGUCUUUUGAAAUAGCAGGUGAGAGUUUUUUUAAUGUAAUAAUAUAAUAUUUAAUUUGUUAUGAGCAAUUCAGAAUAAAUUUUUUAUCUUAAAUAUCUUCAAAUAAAAAGUUCAUACAUUUUGAGAUUUAAAAGUAAUUUUUAUUUACAAGAUUAAAACCUGCAUAUUUAAAGAGCAUACAUGUGCACAAAAUUAUAGAAGAAAGGAAAAGAGGAAAAAUAAAGUCUUAAAAAAAGUGAAAACACAAUUUUUUUUCAAUAAAGUAAUUUUAAUUUUAUUUAUUUGAUCCUUUAUUAUAAAAAAAUCUGCGACCUGCUCAUGAACUGGUAUACAGAAAAAAAUAUUAUAAAAUGUGAUUAAUCAAUAACUUUUCUACAUUCAAUUAUUUCACGUU